AUGAACUUGACGAAUCAUCAAACCCCCACGGCUGGUCUGGAUAAGGCCGACCGGCCGUCGACUCGAAAUGGUGGCGUGGAUGACUCCAAACAGGAUUCCUGCCGAUCGGACGAAUUGAUGCAAUCACAAGCACAAGUGCCUGCCCCUGCAGUAGCAAAUGACAAACUCGAUGCUCGCACGACAACCAAACAGCCACCCUUAACAGUCACCACCGCCGACCUGUCCGAUGCACAAGCAACUCUGCGUCAAGCAUUUCCCCACGUUUAUACCUCAUCUCGUACCCCCUCCACCCGCUCUUCCUCGAGCUCGUUACAAGCGCUGAAUGAGGAUACCGUGGUCGAUGCCCGCACGCAACUGGGCAAUCUUGGACGAUCUUCGCGAAGAUCGUCUCGGCACUCGGACCAGCAGCCCGAAUAUCCCGUUUACCCCGAUCAAUCCUAUGCCUCCCUCCAGUCACAAAUCCAUCCCACUUGGGGGCUUCCACCACAUCUGCGGUCACGGAGCUCGUACUCGACCCCGGCGACUUCUGAGGCACCUCGUUUCCCUCGUGUUUCUCGCACUGCGGGCAACACUCCCGUUUCAAGCCCUGGCCUUUUUUCGAUGAGAAGUCCGCGCUCGACACCACUGGGUUCCGAAGACGAAGGCUUGAUCAGCAGCCCAUAUCUUCAUCCCUCACACUUGCAACCGCCCAAGGAAACCCACACCGCCGAGGUCGAUCGUGACUCCAAGACGGGUAACAAGCUCAUCAACCAGUAUGAGAUUCUCGAGGAGCUUGGACGCGGCGAACAUGGGAAGGUUAAACUGGGUCAGCAUGUGACAACAAAGCAAAAAGUGGCCAUCAAGAUCGUCCAGCGAUACUCUAAACGCCGUCGUUUAGGGAAACUGGGUAACCCAGAAGACAAGGUGAAGAAGGAGGUGGCUAUUUUGAAGAAGGCACGGCAUCCCAACGUGGUGAGCUUGCUGGAGGUCAUUGACGACCCAAACCGGCAAAAGGUCUACAUCGUGUUGGAGUACGUUGAGAACGGCGAAAUUGUUUGGCGAAAGAAGGGGCUUCGAGAAAUCGUUCACGUCGACAAGCUCCGUCUUGACCGCGAGAAGAACGGAGUCCCCGACACUCCGGCCUUUUUAGAAGAGAGCCGCCAAUUCAUCCGCACGGCACAGCACCUUCGUCGUCAACGCGAAAAGGCACGAGAGCGGAUCGAAGCGCAGGCCGCCGACGCCCAACAAGGCCCAAUCCCCGGAUGGAGUUUGGAACACGGUGCAGAGUCCGAAGACGAGGAAGAAGUGGACGGACUUGGCUUAACGAUUCGGCGGACUUCUACCCGAUCCAACCGGUCCGCUGCGGUUGUGGAUGAGAGUUCGCCGAGUCAGUCCUCAGCCCAAGACGCGCUGGCUGCGGUCGAAGGCAGCAUGUACGGUGCCUAUAUGGAUUAUCCCUUCGAGCGGCGCUUCAGCACAGCAUCCAGCAGUUUUGGCUACGCUCCGUCUGAACCGGAGUGGUCUGCAGAUACGGACGACAUGUCAUAUGUUCCUUGUUUGACUAUUGCCGAAGCUCGCAAUGCUUUCCGUGACUCUGUCCUUGGCCUGGAGUAUCUCCACUACCAAGGUAUUAUCCAUCGUGAUAUCAAGCCGGCCAACCUCUUAGUCACUGGCAGCCAUCGUGUUAAGAUCUCCGAUUUUGGCGUGUCCUACCUAGGACGACCGAUGCGGGAUGAGGAAGAAGAGCAGGUGGCCGAGACUGAUGCUGCAGAGUUGGACGAUGCUCGAGAACUGUCCAAGACUGUAGGUACACCUGCAUUCUAUGCUCCGGAACUUUGCUAUACUGGCGACGAGUUUGUGGACGAUAUUGGUGCUGUGCCCAAGAUCACCGGCGCUAUUGAUGUCUGGUCAUUGGGUGUCACCCUGUACGGCAUGAUCUUCGGUCGUCUCCCUUUCCUUUCCGAUGACGAGUACAGCAUGUUCCAAACUAUCGUGAAGAAGGAGGUCUUUGUCCCACGAAAACGCCUUAUGCCCGUCGUGGACGAUUCUGCCUCUAUUUCUAGUCAACGGAAUUAUCGCAACGUCGAUGAACUUGUAUAUGAGGACAUAGAUGAUGAACUUUACGAUUUGAUCCGACGCCUUUUGACCAAGGACCCGAUCAAGCGAAUCACGCUCAAGGAAAUCAAACAUCACCCCUGGACAUUGUACGGUUUGCCCAACGCCCAGGCGUGGGUGGAAGAGACCGAUCCCGGGUACCAGAGCAAGGGCAAGAGGAUCGAGGUCUCCAACGAGGAAGUCACCAGUGCCGUCAGCAAGGUACCUUUCAUCCAACGUGUGCGCUCCAACGUGGCGAAGUGGUUCUCUGGCCGGUCCAAGGACAAGGACGGUCGCAAGCGCGGCUCGAAUAACUCAUCCGACACAUUGUCGUCGAUGUCGAGCACGAGUACGUUUGGGAAGACGUCCCGUGAUAGCCGUCGGUCAAGUCUUCGCGGCGACGAAGAAAUUUUCCGCACGUCCAAGUUUGCCAUUCACGGAGAGCACCCUCUUUCCCAGAGCGUGACUGCCAGCCCGGUGGAAGAGGGGGCCCCUUGGACAUCUUACUUCGAUGCCACCCCUAUUCCUGAGCUCAAGCCCACUGCUCCUCCUGCGACCAUGCCAUCUCGACCGGCCCCUCCCCGUCGUGCGAAAUCAUCCAUGUCCACUGCCGAAUCGACCAAGACGAUUAAGCAGUCCAACGUCGAGCCCCAUACCUCCCGCCCACGGACAAGCACGCCGUCUAUCAUCGAAGCCUUGGGAACUACUAAUUUCGGGAGUCUCUUCACCGGUGCCAGUCGACGUGUCUUCACUAUGAGCCGCAGCAGACGCGGUUCGCCAUCCGGUGAUACCGCAUCUCUGGCAGCUUUUGAUGCAGAGCGUCACUCGGAGCCGAGUCUCGCUUUGAGUAAUGCCUCCGCUAUCGGUCAGGUGCGGUCGACAGGGCUAUGGCAUUCCCAGGCACCUUCCCCCAUUGAAGGUGCAAGCUCCAUUUCAGCCCACCGACGGAAUCGCUCCCAGCAACUUAUCGGCAAGUCUUCCGCAGAGUCAUUCCAUCUUACCCGGGACGCUUUGCUCCGCCGCCGCCAAAGCGACUUUGGCACCGGUGCCGAUGAGACACACGCCUUAGCUAAUCGCGUCGACUAUGCAAUGUAUUCGACCGAAUCGCUGGCGCUUCCAACGGCAAUUCCUGCUCCGGCUCCGGCUCCGGCCCCAGAACCGGUAUGCGCCACCGACGCUCCGAGUAGUGGCCUCACCAACUCGACGCCAUCAGCAGCCACUAUCUCGUCGUCCUCUGCUGAUGACUUCACCAGCGGCAUGUCGCAGAGCGCGUCUCAUCCGAGUAUCCCCUCCGUCAUCUCGGGUGCCUCGUCUCUCUCGGGCGAUGGGUUGUACCUAGGAUCCAGGGACAAAGACGGGGACGACUCAAGCCAAGUCCCGUCGAUUCUUCGCACGGGCGAGACUGUCAAACCUCGUCGGUUAGAUUCACCGCGGCCGGAGGAAGAUGAGUCAAGGUACUACUGCGACGAUGAGGAUGAGACCGAGUCUGAAGACGAAGUUCUCGUGAUCGGCAAGAAGAAGCCAACGAUCAAGCCCGUGGCGAAGCCUGCUGGCGGCUCAUAA